AUGGGAAUCGCGGCGCCGAUUCCCUCAGAGAUUGUAAAUGCUUUCAACACCGCCAAUGGCACGAUGCCUAGAGUCUACAACAGUCCACUGGUCUCAACCCGUGGGCCCCUCGCAUCCUUGUUCUUUGAAAAUCUCUUCAACAAGACGGGCGAGCCGAACAUUGCGGAAGUAUUCAAGAAGAUGUGCCUGGUCUUUGGUGAUCGGCAGGACAACCCUACUCGUCCUUGUUCGGUGCUGAAAACGAUCUUUCUCACGAACGUCAAGGUCGACAAGGUGUCCAAGAUCGGCCAUGACGGCAAGACUGCUUUUGCGUUUUUGGGUCUUGGUGCGGUGUCGGGUACCGACAAGAUGACACUGCCAAAGGGCCUGGGAAUCCCCCGCCAGAUCGGUAACCGCCAGAUCCAGGCCGCCGUCUCUCGAGAAAUAUUGGUUGGCACGAGACUCAUUUUCCAAGGUAUCCACGUUGGCCCCGACGUGCAAAAGAACACCAUCAUGCGCGACUUCGUGGAGCAAGACAUCCGCGCACAGUUCGAGAGGAGAGUCAGACUCCGCUCCAGCUCGACCGACUUCCGUGGGAUCGGGAACUCAUACAGCGGCGUUCGUCCAAGCUUCGAAAACAUGCUCGUAUACCAGGGUGUGCUCGAGACUCGCAAGAGAGCACGCGAGGGGCUGAUUGGUGGCUCGCGAGGCAACGUUGAGACCCUUCCCGACUCUACGAGUCUCGACGAGAUCAAGGCUCGCGAGAGGGAGGUGAAGAAGACGAGGAAGAGGCAAAGGAUGGAAAGGAGAGCUAAGGCGGAUGGCGACGCGGAUGGUCGCGAAGCGCGGUCUCGAGGUGCACCGGACCUGCGCGCCGUUGUCACUCAAUUCCACACGAUCCGACAGGACGAGAUCACCGGCAAGGCCAAGCGUGGUUCUUCCUUCACAUUAGUGGAGAACUUCCGUGUCCUAAGGUCCAGAGAGAUAGCCCGCGUGUAUCACUACGUCGCUACGACUUGGGAGGCCUAUGCGCCGGGAUAUGUCAACACGGAGACGGCGAUGGUGAAGUACAAGCCAGCACAGGACGCUAAACUGGUCGAGAUGGUUUUGGCAAAGCAGAAGUGUGGGAAGCAGCCCGGCUGGUACAAGGCGUGGUCCGCGAUGAGAUCCUCUGCCAACAACCCUCCUCGUCUAGGCGGUGGCAACAACCCUCCUCGCCCUGCCGAUGGCAAUACCAAUCUCUCUGCGAACGCGGCGGGCAAACUCCCAGCAAUUACCAUCAUGAACGGCGCUACUAGCAAUCCAGCAUUCUGCGGAAUCGGUGGUAUCUCUGGCGUCGCCUUCGUCCGCAACCUGACCCGACUCUUGCUCAUCCGGAGCAUCUGCGGAGAAACGCGGCGUGGCAAAGAGGUCCAUCCCGUGGGUUCAAAGUAUGUUUCAGCGAGCGAAGCGCGGUCGCGAAAAGAGCUCAUGGUUCAUCAAUAUCCACGACGCGAUAGCGUAUCAAUCAGCCUGACUGUGGUCGUAUCACCUCCAGAUUCGCGCUUUCUCUUCAGUGCAGUCCGUGGCAACCAGGAUGUGUUGAGUUGCCUCACGAACGGAGCAGACGAAGGUCUCGAGUAG